AUUAUAGGUGCUUUUAUUGACGUAAGUUAGUUACUUUGCGGGUAAGGACAGGAUUGUUGCGUUGCACCUUUUUUUACACCAGUAAUAUUAUUAACGUGUUAAAAGCUUAGUUCUUGAAUGUUGCUGAAUAUCAAAACCUAAUAUUAUCAACAAAAAUGGCAAUCAGGUUAUCAGUUGGAUCUGUGAAUAAAAUCCUUAAUAAAGAAGUGGUAGAAAAACCUGUUCUACAGAUACUGAGUUACAAACAAAUUUCUGGGGGUGGAAAUGAGAGGUUCAGACUCCUCCUGUCUGAUGGUGAAGCCUGCAUUCAAUUUGCAAUGUUGGCCACACAGUUGAAUACACUGAUUCAUAAAGGUGAACUAGAACGGAACACAGUGAUUUGCCUUGAUAAGUACCUCUGUAAUGAGGUUCAACCAGGAAA